AUGGGCUCUAUUACGGAUCUCCCCUACCUGAAGACUAACCCCAAGGUCAUUUUCUUUUCGGAUUUCGAUGGGACUAUCACUCUCGAGGAUAGCAAUGACCAUAUGGUCGAUAACCUAGGCUACGGCCAGGCCAAACGCCGCGCAGGAAACGUUGCGGUCCUCGAAAACAAGGCUACCUUCCGUGACGCUUUUCGGGACAUGCUCGACAGCGUUAAGAACCCUUUCAACGAAUGCCUAGAGAUCCUCCAGAAGAACAUGCGCCUAGACCCCCAUUUCACGGAGUUCUACUACUGGGCUAAGGAGAACAACGUACCGAUUGUGAUUUUGUCCUCUGGCAUGGUUCCCGUUAUUCAGACUCUACUGGAGACUCUCCUUGGCCACAAGCUUGACGACCAUCUCACAAUUGUCGCCAAUGAAGUUGAAAGCCGGGAUGGAAAGGACAUCAACACCCCUGGUGGGUGGCAGAUCAAAUACCACGAUGAUAGCCAUUUCGGCCACAACAAAUCCCUGGAGAUUAAGCCGUACGCUGCGGUGCCCUUUAACGAGCGUCCCACUCUACUAUAUGCCGGUGACGGUGUCUCGGACUUGUCCGCUGCAGCAGAGACAGAUCUCCUGUUCGCCAAGGCUGGAAAGGAUCUGAUCACCUUCUGCGAGCGAGAAGGGAUGCCAUACACUGUCUUUGAGAAUUGGUCCUCGAUCUUGGCCACGACGAAGGAUAUCUUGAGUGGCAAGGUCUCCGUCAAGAAGGAGCAGAAAGAGUAG